AUGACGAUGACGAAGACAACAAAGAAAACCUGCAAGUCCAAAUUGUCGGUGAGAAAAGAUACAUUAUACAAGGCACGAGCCAAGACUGUUCACAAGAAAGCAUACGAACUCUCGAAGUUAUGCGGUGUAGAUGUUUGCAUCAUCUGUUACGACCGUGAAGGGAACCUCGUCGAGACUUCAUCAGACGAAGCCAAGGUUAAAGCCAUGGCCGAGCAAUUCAGCAGGUUAAGCGAACAAGAAUGGAACAAGAAAAGCACCAACCUCUCUCUGUUUCUUAACAAGAAGAUGAUGGAGGAAAAGAAAGCAUCUCUCAAAGCAAACGACAACAAAUUCUCCAAGAUUAUAGAUAGAAAAAUCAGCAUUUUGGAUUACGAAAAAGACGAGAUGAUGCAAAAUAUCAAAAUUAAAAGAUGA